AUGGCAACUGCGACAACAAAAACAGCCGAUGAUGAGAAAUCGUUGAACGAUUGGCUGCCUAUCACGUCGUCUAGGAAUGCUAAGUGGUGGUACUCCGCUUUCCACAAUGUCACUGCCAUGGUCGGAGCUGGGGUUCUCGGCCUCCCCUACGCCAUGUCCGAACUCGGAUGGGGUCCUGGAAUUACUGUAAUGGUUUUAUCAUGGGUGAUAACUCUCUACACCUUAUGGCAAAUGGUGGAGAUGCAUGAAUGUGUUCCUGGGAAACGAUUCGAUCGAUACCACGAGCUAGGCCAAGAAGCCUUUGGCAAGAAGCUCGGUCUUUGGGUGGUAGUUCCCCAACAACUCACCGUCGAGGUUGGUGUAAACAUCGUCUACAUGGUCACCGGCGGCAAGUCCCUCAAGAAAGCUGUUGACACCUUAUCACCUCACGGUGGUCCACCAAUCAAAACCACCUAUUACAUCAUGAUGUUCGCCGCUGUCCAGUUCUUCCUCUCCCACCUCCCCAACUUCAACUCCAUCACAGGCGUCUCAUUCCUUGCCGCCAUUAUGUCAUUCUGUUAUUCAACGAUAGCAUGGAUGGCUUCAGUACGCAGAGGGACUCAACCCGGUAUUAAGUAUACGCCAAAGGCUUCAACCACCACUGGCCAAACGUUUGGAUUCUUGAGCGCAUUAGGCGAUGUAGCCUUUGCCUUUGCUGGCCAUAACGUUGUUUUGGAGAUUCAAGCAACAAUCCCUUCGACACCUGAAACCCCAUCCAAGAAACCCAUGUGGAGAGGGGUUGUUUUCGCGUAUAUUGUGGUGGCUUUGUGUUAUUUUCCUGUAGCAAUGAUCGGAUACUGGGUUUUCGGUAACACUGUUGAAGACAAUGUCCUAAUUUCACUUGAACGCCCUCCUGUUAUUGUUGUUAUUGCAAACUUAUUUGUUGUUAUUCAUGUUAUCGGAAGCUAUCAGGUUUUUGCAAUGCCGGUAUUUGAUAUGGUGGAGUAUUUUUUGGUUGUAAAGAUGAAAUUUAAGCCCACCAAAUUCCUACGAUUUGUGUCAAGAACUUCUUAUGUUGCCUUGACCAUGUUCCUUGCUAUAACAUUCCCAUUUUUUGGAGGGCUCUUGGGUUUCUUUGGAGGCUUUGCUUUUGCUCCCACUACAUAUUUUCUUCCUUGUAUCAUGUGGCUAGCCAUCAAAAAGCCCAAGAAGUUUGGUCUUUCUUGGUUUAUAAAUUGGAUAUGCAUAAUUCUUGGGGUGUUGCUGAUGUGUUUAGCCCCGAUCGGAGCAUUGCGGCAAAUCAUAUUGCAAGCGAAGGACUACAGAUUUUACUCGUGA